CUGUCGGUUACAUUUUACAUGUCUUUGACUUAGUUUACGGCCAGCGAGCGACUCGAGAGUAAUUUUUUUCCGUUAUUUAUUAUUUCCAGUGAGGCAAUUUGCAGUGUGAGUAAGCGGUUGAGACAGAAGCUGGAAUUUUUUCCAAGUGUCACGUGCGCCCCCACCGCACCGCCAUCUUGCACCGUCCGCCCCAACUACUCUUCGACGCCUGCGUGAACGGCGGCGCUCGUAACCGCGCCCGAUGGACGCCAGUACGCUCGCAACCAUGGAUAAGGACGCUCUCAAGAAGCAGAUAGAGAACAUGAAAUACCAGGCAUCAAUGGAGCGCUGGCCCCUCUCGAAAUCCAUCGCCGCCAUGCGGGAGUACGUGGAAGAAAACGAGAAGAACGACCCACUCAUCCACGCCCCCGACAAGAAAAACAACCCUUGGGCAGAGAAAGGCAAAUGCGUCAUCAUGUAGAAUUUCAUGCAGUUACUUAUUAGUUUUGUCUUAUUGAUUUUCCCAUUACUUCUGUUCAUCUACCUUAAUUUCAACAGUUUGAUGUUAGAUGGGCUGACUACACUGUUCUACACCUUUAAAAUUUCCAAAAUCGAAAGUUUGUGAACGAUUUCGAGCGUCUUGUAACGGAAAAUUGUUAACAUUAUUGUUAUGUAGUUUAAACAUACUCACAGUUUUGUCUACAUGUAAUGAAGUGUGAAUUAAAUUUCAUCGUGGCCCCUCGGGGCGGUGUAAAAAAACAAUCAAGAAUUUUUUUACAAGCGAGAGUUUUCGUUCGCUUUGAGUUCAAGUCUGACUUGUUAUUCCUAUUUUUGUUGACUUAAUUUUAAUCAAAUGUAACUUUAGGACUUAGUCUAGUCAAUACGAAAUUUUUGGAAAAUGACAACCAACAGCGACACGCGCCCUCUAUCCACUCAAGGUUGAAGCAGGCGGAGCGUACGCGUGUCGAAGACGACUACGAUUGAGAGCAACUUCCGUUUACCAUCUUGACACCUCUUCGAUACUACUGCCACCUGUACGCCGGGGUUUGCUCCAAUCUUGACACUUCCAACGGUCUGACAGUGUAAAUAAACCGACUUUUAAAUUUCGCGGGCAAACCGCACUAAACUGAUACGUCACGUGACCAGGACGGACGCCGUCGUCCUUCCUGGCCACAACUUUAAUAAAGGAAAACGCGAUAAAAACGACGACUAAUAAUUAAGAGAGAUAGAUGACUGUCAAGACUAACUCGACUUUGACUCAACAUUUAACUUAAGAGCUUGUAGCUUGUUUUGGUUCCCCGAUGUCUUCCCGAGAUGGCGUUGCGUGUAACGCGGGACAUUUGAAUUUUAAAUGUAUCUACUCCAGUUAUUGGAUAGUUUUAAUGAUUGUUACUAUUAAAUUUAGACUAACUAAAUUUAGACACGCCGCGGCGUGUUUUUUAAAAUAUUAUCAAACUAAAAUAGACGGUAGUUAAACUAUAUAUAUGAUAAUCAAAGUUGAUCAUUUGGAUUAGUAUAGGUUCUAUGUCUAUUAAUCAAAGUGCGUUCAGUAAUCCACCAAAAAUAUCACCUUCGUCUAGAUAAAAGUGUAACACUAUGUCUUAAUUGUUAUUUCUUAGCUAGACUAAUUUCCUAUCGUUAAGUAAGUUAUUAUCGAAAGGGACUUAAUUUCUCUCUUCGCACUCAUUUCAGGGACGUCGUGUCGUCGAGCGUUGGUUGUGACUCUUCAAGAUUUCUUUUUAUUUAUACAAAUUAAUAUUAGCGAAAAUACUUCAAUUAAACCUUGUAAUUUUAAAUAUGUAAUGUGGUAAUUGAGAUAAUAAACUCCAAUGAAAAACUU